AUUCCCCCGCACGCGCACGCGAGGACCCACCGGGAGACGGGGACCCCCACCUCUCUCCUCGCCGGCAUUCGAAUUCGAACUCGAUUCCUCUCCCCUCUCGCCGCCUCCCUCUCCGCUCCCCACCCCCACGCGGCGAGCGGAGGCUCGGAGAGGGGCCCGCCCGGAGCGACGGGAUGCAGCCGAGGCCGGAGGACGCCAUGGAGGAGGUGGAGGCCGAGGCGGCGCCCAAGGCGGCGGCGGGGCCGGAGCUAGGGUUCUGGCUCGCGGCGCGGCGGCGGCUGACACCCGACGACCCCUUCUUCGCCGCCGGGGACCUCGAGCGCGAGCUCCUCGCCAAGCACGUGGCCUUGGAUCUCUCAGAGGAUGACCGGAACCAGCUUGAGAAGAUGGAAGUAGCCAGCACAUGUACUGUGUUUUGCCCGAUUGCUGGUUGUGGUGCCCAUCUAGAUUGUUUGGAGGACUUUGAGGACCACUAUGUCACUCGACAUACUGCAUCAUGCUCUGUAUGUUCUAGAGUAUAUCCAACCUCAAGGUUGCUUAGCAUUCAUGUGUCUGAGGCACAUGAUUCGUAUUUCCAAGCAAAAGUUGCCCGUGGUUUUCCAAUGUACGAGUGUUUGGUGGAGGGUUGUGGGGUGAAGUUGAAGAGUUACAAAAGUCGGCAGCAGCACCUCAUUGAUAAGCAUCAAUUCCCCAAGUCAUUCGAGUUCUUCAAGAAGGCAAGGCCCUCCCAACGCCACCGGCAGAAAUCCCAGAGGCGGCAAACUGCCCACAAGGGAGAAGAGACAAGGGAUAACUUGAUGGAUGUAGAUGGAAAAGGCACGAGCCAAACAAACUGGAGGUAUCGACCGAAGCAGCAUGACCACAAAGAGUCAAAAGGGAACGAGCGUCAGCACCAGGAGGUCAAGGAGAACGAAAUGGAGGUCGAACAGAAGAUCGACGAGCUGAUUUCUGCUGUGUCGAAACUGAGCACAGCGGAUUCCACCCCUGCUAAUGUCACCUUUGGCCACCGUCGCUCCCGUGGUCUUACAUUUGUUCCGAGGGCAAUCAGGCAGAACAAGCAGGCGGCCUCCCAACCAGAAGCAAAAUGACCAGCACAGUGUCGCUUGGUCGUUUUCUUGCCUGUAACGAAGUUUGCUACGAUGUAACUUCGAUACAGAACUGGGCAAAUGUCAGUGGCCAUUCAGAAUUUCAGACCUGCAGCGCCCCCACAAAAUCGGUAGACUGGGCUCCAAAUUUUUCUUGUUGGCCUGCAACGGUACAUCUUUGUUAUGUUGCGUGGUUUUUAUUGUCCGGUAUUGCAGAGAAAUCAAUUGUAACGAUCUUGGCUAUGUUGUUUGUUGGCCAUGUUUAGGAUUGCAGAGAAAUCAAAUGUUUCUAUACCAUUGGUAGUGUCUGAUGCUGCAA